CAUUACUACCCGGGCGGUAGACGAGUAUACCAGGGCGACGGAAGAUUCAAGCGGGGCAAUAAGGCAGCAAAGGGCGGAGGAAGAUUGCUACCUCGUCCAAGCCCUUGACCCUCGCCCUGCCUCCUCGUCCUCUCAUGCCCCGCUUCGUCAUUGCCGCUUUCGAUUGGGCGGGGAAGAAGGGAAAGCCAGUAGCGAUCACAGGCCAUGCGUGUGGGCAUGGCGGGUCAGAAAAGGGCAAGAGAGCAUGCGUAUAUAGACUGUCAAUGCCUGUCACCAUUUCCCCCCCCCACUUUCGCUACCAAAUCUCAUCAGUCACCAAUCAGCUUAACCGGCCCUUCAGCUACUUUCUACUCGCUCUCAACCAAAACCACCUCACACCCACUCAAACCAUACACCAGCAUGUUCGCCUCUCGCGUCAUUCUCCAGGCCCGUGUCGCCCCCACCCUCACCCGCUCCGUCACCACCAUUGCCCGUGAUGCAGCACCAAAGGUCUCGUCGAGCUCCAACGCCGCCGCCAUCAGCACAACAGCCACUGCCAAGGCUGCUGUCAACUCUGACAAGCACACCAGGGACUUCGGAGGAAGGUUGAUCAGCAAGAACAGGACAUAUCACCAGAGCACCAGCUGGGAGGGAUCAGACAUGCCCGUCGUGAAGCAGAUGACACAAGCCGAGGAGAGGAGGAGGAAGACUCAGUUCAAGAACGCCAUGGACUUCUAAGCGGAGAGACUCUCGUCACUCGCGUGGAAUUGAUAGCCAUAUAUAUGCGAAGCGGAAGCAAGAUGGGUAUGAUGGAAGAGGAACUACAGGUGGAAGAUAAAAUGAACCAGGAGAUGUUACACUGGCGUUGUUGUAUAACAGAAAGAAGAGAAGAGAGACGAGCCACGUCCUG